AUGGACACCCAAAACACUAGCGGUGUAGCAAUUGGAGUAAAUGACUUUGACUUUGACUUUCAAACGGGUCAAAUUAAGAAAGAAAAUGUAUAUAGUGCUUACGGUUAUUUUACGUUGCCAGGAAAAUGCCCUGAAAAUGUUCAAUUGCAAGAAGAAUUUAGAUUGGCUGACUUCUUCAACAAAUGGUUUCAAGCUUACCACUACUCAAGCGAUCGUCAGCAGCAGAACAACUGCUCGGUGAUACAGCUGGAGACCAGAGCCACUGGCAUCUACCUGAACCAGUCCAGGGUGGACCGAGGCCUGUUCCAUAGGUACAGCAUAGGAAAGCUGAACAUACCGAUUGAAAUAACAGAUGGUGCAAGACUGCAUGUAACCUUCAGAUUUGAAGAUGCUCCUAGGAGAUUGAUGCACAGAAAGUAUCCGUUCUACGUGUUGGCCACUAACUACAAUUACUACGCAACUGUAUACACGUGCGAGUACAGUCCACUUAUCGAUAAGCAUUUCAUAUACGUGUGGAUAUUAUCAAGAAAUGAAUUAUUGAACGAUGUUUCCAAAGAGCUUGCUGUCAGAUCAUUGAGUCGCAUCGGUGUGGACGCCAACAAGUUGGUCAAAGAUGAUUGGUCCAAAUGUUCUCCCAAAUAUUACGAAGACCGUCAGGCUGAGCCCAUGACAUUUAGGUACCCUGUAAUCAUACGAUAA